AUGAAUUCAGAUCCUCGAACAACUGCGAGUGAUGGGGUUUACAUACCGUCGAAUUUACAUCCAAAUCAAACACAUGUUAUUAACGAAGUUGAUACAACCAAAAUCGAUUCUCCAAAUUUACCAGCAAAAGCUUUCAUGCCCGAAGAUAAGAAAGACAGUACACUCACCACAACCAUUGUGGUCAAUUCCUCCGAAAAAAAUAAAAAUAAAGAGAAAAUCGAGAUCGAAAAUGUUGAAUUAGGGAUCAGUACUAAGAGCGAAAGUAGUGGAAAAAAAGACGGAGAGCAGGCGGGAGUUGAUUUUGAGCCAAUAAAUAUCCCAAAGCCCCUCAAAAUUCUACUAAUAUGCGGAUUGUCCCUCAUUAUACUUCUUUGUUGUUUAGAUAAUACAAUUACAACAACAAUAAUGACAAAAAUUGGAACAGAGUUUGAUAAUUUAUCCAACGUGACUUGGAUCAUCACUUCAUAUAUCCUUGCAUUUAACGCAGUGAUACCGUUGGCUGGUAAAUUCACAGACAUUUUCGGUCGACGUGCUGUAAUCCUUACGGGUGUAAUAUUAUUUUUGGCCGGAAGUGCAUUAUCCGGCGCAUCACAAAGUAUGGACAUGCUGAUCAUAGUGAGAGUGAUACAAGGCAUUGGAGCUGGCAUUUCAUUUAGUUGUAUCAUGAUUAUAUUUGCGGAUAUUAGCACAUUGGAUGAGCGUGCUAUGUAUCAAGGUCUUGUAGGAGCUAUCUAUUCGAUUAUGAGUGUAUUAGGUCCGUUGAUUGGUGGUGCUUUUGCUGAUCAUAUUUCUUGGCGAUGGGGAUUCUAUAUCAAUUUACCGGUCGGUGCACCAAGCUUAUUGUUAUUAUUAUUUACCACGCUUAAAUUACCUGGAGUUCAAGGAUCUUUGUGUGAUAAAUUGAAGCGCGUUGACUAUAUCGGAACGGUCUUGCUUGUUGGCACAGUAAUAGCAGCAUUAUUAGCAGUAACAUGGGGUGGUACGAAAUAUGAUUGGUCAGAUGCAAGGAUUAUAUGUCUCUUCAUCGUUGCUGGAAUUUUGUUAGUCAUGUUGGUAGUUUAUGAAACGAAAUUUGCUAUUGAACCAACUAUUCCACCACAUUUAUUCAAAAUUCGAACAGCAUUAGCAGUAUACGUUGGAUCAGCAUUUUUUUGUAUGCCAUUUUUCUCUUUAUUGUUUUUCCUACCGUUAUUUUGGCAAUUGGCAAAACAUAGUAGCGCAACAACAAGUGGAUUACGACUGAUUCCAAUCCCGGUUGGCUUAGUGAUAUCAUCAACUAUUGCUGCUAUUUUAGCGCCAAAAUUCGGCCGAGUUCGAGAAUUACUGGUUAUAGGUUCGGCGUUGAGUGCAGCAGCUAUUGGGUUAGUCAGCACUUUUGCGGAAAAUGAUUCAACCGGUAAAGAAAUUGCUUAUCUUUUAAUUUUCGGACUCGGAUUGGGAAUCAUAUGGUCACUUGGCGUGGUUGCAGUUCAAUCUGCUACAGAUGCUAGAGAUUUGGCGUCAGCGACCGCGUUAGUGAAUUUCUUUCAACUGCUGGGUGGAGUAAUCGGAGUUUCGGUUGCUUCGAAUGUAUUAUUUAACAAUUUAGAGAAAUCCUUGAAGAAUAUUUUCUCAUCUCCCGAUGACAUUUUCUUAGCAAAAAAUUCUAUAUCUUAUGUGCUUAAUCUUCCACGCGAUAAAGAGGCUCAAGUUAUUCACGCUUAUGUAUUAGCAUUACAGCAAGUUUUUGAUGUGCAAACAGUUCUGGCCGGAAUCUCUGUAUUCGCUAUGCUCUUCGUAAAGAAUUCACCAUUACGAAGGGACGAAAUUGUAUCUAAUGAUGAAAAAAAGUAA